GCAUGAGUAAAAGUAGAGGCUCCAACUGUUGCCCGGACUAACCCACGUUCAGCAUCCACGUCCCACACGGAGGAGUGAGACAGAGCGGAACGAGGAGCGCGGAGAGCUGGAACAUUUACGCACAGCCUGUAUAGUUUGGAUUAGUUUGGCUCGUCUUUUAAAAAGUGCACUCUGGAUAGUUUUGGACACAUUUUUUUUUCUGCACUGUUCAUAUCUUGGAUUUCGUAUACAGCUGAGCAAUUUAAUGGCAGCUCUAAGUUUCAUUUCCUCGCACUUGUUCCUGUUGAUGUUCAGCUGUUUCCUGGGUGCUGCGUCAGUCAGGACCAUGAAAGGGGGCACAGGGAGCGCACAGGACAGUGGCACCCUCCACUCCUCGCCGUUUUUGGAUGACCUGGAUGAGGACAUGGUCUCCCAGCACAUGUUCAGACUGUAUGAGAAGUGCAACAGGGAAAACCGUCUCAAAGAGGGAAACACUGUCAGGAGUUUCAGAGCCAGCCAAGACUCCUCUGACCACAGGACGGUGUACAGACUCAACCUCACAACAAUCCAGGACUCGGAGGUCAUCCUCUCUGCCACAUUCCACUUCCUGCUCGAUCGUCGUCCCCAUUACAAACCUUGGUUCUGUAAACGCUUCAAAAGCCCAUCCUGUCGAUCCUCAGCAGUGCACCCUCCUCCGUCCAUCAGCCUGCUCCUUCGUUCUGUCUCCUCAGGGUCAGAGAUCAGAGCUGGGUCAAUGGGGUCAUUUCUAGGCAACAUGACCUUCCACCCCCACAGGAGAGGGGCGUGGCAGAUGAAAGACGUGACCCAGGUCAUAAAGGAGGCACGGGACAAGGGUCAUCUCCUGUUGUCAGUGGAGGUGGACUUAGGGCAGCAGUACCACAUGAAACCAGAGGAGGCACUGUCUGAUGGAGGCCUGCCUUACCUGCUGCUUUUUGCUCAUGACCAAGCCUUGGCUGAACCCAACAGUGUGGCAGGGAGCCUUCAGAGAUACGACCCGUUUAACGAGGAAGGGGAGCCCACACAUUCUUCACAGCUCCAGCAGAAACCAGACUCGGCACCCGAGUUGAAAGGACGCGUGAGAAGGGAAGCACCUCUGCUCUCUGACACCAUUCAGAACAAUGAGCUGCCAGAGGUUGACUUCAGGCCUGAGGGUUACAGGAAGGAUGACCUAUGGGAGAGCACUUGGUACCUGGCACUCAAACCCAAGCAUAAAUUAGGAAAGAAAAGAAAGAGCCAAGAGGUAGGACAGGGGAAAGGUAAAGGAGCACAGGACCAAAAAGAAGAGGUUCACAAAGCAGUAGAAAAAACAUCACAGGAGCUGAAUCUAGAGGCCUCAAAUGUGAAAAAACUCACAGGCAGUCAUACCCAGACUGUCAGCAACGGACAAAAGCAUGAGCGGAGAAAUGAAGGAAAAAACAGCAAAAAGCACAAGGGGAGCGCUAGCUCUCAGUCACCAGUUCUGAGCUUUGAUGAACAAACGAUGCGAAAGGCGAGGAGGAGGCAGUGGGGCGACAACCAGCAGAGAGGUUGCUCCAGGAGGAACCUCAGGGUGGAUUUUGCAGACAUUGGAUGGAGCGAGUGGGUGAUAGCACCCAAGGCUUUCGAUGCCUACUACUGUUCUGGAACGUGUGGGUUCCCAAUGCCUAAGGUGGCAAAGCCGUCUAACCACGCCACCAUCCAGAGCAUAGUCCGGGCCGUUGGGAUUAUCCCCGGUGUUCCCGAGCCCUGCUGUGUCCCAGAAAAGAUGAGUCCUCUUGCUGUCCUCUACCAGGAUGAAUCCAGGAACCCAGUGCUCAAGAUUUACCCCAACAUGUCCGUCCAGUCCUGCUCCUGCCGAUAGGAGGGUGAGGGCGACUGAGGUAGAGGAGGAAAAAAUAAACUGGGUGGAUGUGCAGAAAAAAAACAGAAAACUAAUGGAGUCAGAACCAUACCUCUGUUUGUUAAGUGGUUUCUCGACACUGAGAAACAAGCUCACUUUGGCCGUCGGUAUCCUGGAAGAACUCAGGCUAUAGAGAAAUCACUUCCAUCUCUUCUGUCCCGCGGCGGCAGACAUGAAGAGACACUUUGUCUGGCGUCUGUUUUAGCAAGAGGAACAAGAGUCUCACAUGUAAAGUCAGGGCUCCACAUGUCCCAGAAGCCCCGUUGUUUUGAUUCUGUGUUUGAGAUAAUAUUGAGGAUUUCAUGGUCAGCUGCGUUUACGGGAUGUGUUCCUUUUAUCUCAGAAUGUGCUUGUUGUCCGGACAGCUCUCAGUGAGUUUAAGUUCAUUUUAGACACAGAAGCUAUAAAUAAAAGACUUUAUCAUUGCGUCGUCAGGCAGCUUACACACGACAGAGAUUAUGACAGAUUUCUACAUUCUGACAUGUUGUGUGCAGCUGUUUUCACUUGGAAGCAAAUCAUACGCCACAUUAUACAUACUUGCAAUGUUAAUCUGUUCGCAGACAGGAAGGUUAUUGUACAUUAUUGCUUUUUAUAUCUUAGAAAGGAAACAUCCAAUGAAUUCAAGAGAGGCAUCUGGAAUUCAUUUCAUAACACUUCAAGAAUGUUUUAUUAAAACCAGAAAUAUUUUUCUAUUUUUGAAUGUGAAACAUGGUUAAAAAAGAAUUUGUCAUGGUUACUCUGUUUAUGUAUUACUUUAUGUUAGAAGAGAUGUGGUUUUGUACAUGUGUAUUGUUUAAAUUAUGAAAAGGUAGCC